GAUCCUAGUUUUGCAUGCAUUUCGUCUUGGUUGUUUGUGUUUGUGCCUGGUUUUUGUUCGUCUUUCGUACAAAACGCGUUAAUUUAAUUCAACGAGUUACAUAUAUCUGCAAUGGAGGCCAAUUCGAAUCCCACAACUCCCACAACGGCGGUGGCCACCACCACAUCCACAUCGAGUCCAUCGCCAGCUGCGAGCACCAGCAGCAAAGGACACAGUCAAGUAUCCGCCUCCAGUUGCUCCGCAUCCGCAUCUGUAUCCGCCUCCGCAUCCGCCACACAAUCCCAGCUGCUGACCACAAGCCUGGAAAUGCCCAAGGCGGAGGAUCUGUACAAUCUUUCGCUGGCCAGCGGACUAUCCGAGGGCCAGAGAUCGCUGUCGGGUGCUCCGUCGGCCUCCUCCAGUCCCAUCAUGAGUCCGCAGGGCAAGAUCUUCGGAAGGAACGCGAAUGGAACAAUGAUCACCACAUCGCGACCGGGCAACGAGGCGGAGGUGCAGCUGUACCGGGUUCUCCAGAGGGCCAGUCUGUUGGCCUACUACGACACCCUGCUCGAAAUGGGCGGCGACGAUGUGCAGCAGCUGUACGACGCUGGCGAGGAGGAGUUCCUGGAGAUCAUGGCCCUGGUGGGCAUGGCCUCCAAGCCGCUCCACGUCCGCCGCCUGCAGAAGGCGCUGCACGAGUGGGCCAACAAUCCGGGGCUAUUCCAGGGUCAAAUGAUGCCACAUUUGGGACUCUGCGAAACGCCACCGAAACCGUCGCUGGUCUUCAAUCCGGACACCACGCCCGCCCUGCCCCGCCAGAAGUUCCCCUCGUUCAAUCCCUCGGGCUCCGCCUUCCAACCCUCGCCGGUUCCUCAGGCUCCCCUGCCCACUUCCGCUUCGGUUGCCCCAGCCGCUGGUCCCUUGAUCACCCAGAUCUCGAGUUGUCCCUCAGUGGUUCCCCCCACGGUGGUGCCCAUGCCCCUGGUCCUGCCCUCCACUCCGCUGACCACCAGCAGCAGUGGUGGUCAUUCCUCUACGAACAGUAGCCUUCCGGCCACGAACACUGCCCACCAGGUGUCCUCCAGUUCGCCACAGCUUACACCUGUCCUAACUGAGAUGCAGAUUCAGAGGAUAACCAUGUGUGCCGAGAAAAUUGGAAGACAGUUGCCGCAAAGGGAACCGCGGGCACAGACCACCAGGAAGCGAACCACCCGCGAAUUGGAGCAGGUGAUCGCCAUGGGUGUGGAGGAUCCCCGGCGGAUGGACGAGAUCCGUAAGUACUCGGCCAUCUAUGGGCGAUUCGAUUGCAAGAGGAGGCCGGAGAAGCCGCUGACCUUGCACGAGGUGUGCGUCAAUGAAGCGGCGGCCCAGUUGUGCCGGAAUCCCCAAACCAUUUGGUUACUAACCAGGAGAGAUGAACUGUUCCCCUUGGCCCGGCAGAUUGUCAAGGAUGCGGGUUUCGGGCACUCAGCCAGCAUAGCACGAUAUGGUGGUCUCCUCACCCAACUGCCUAACCAGGGAGCGGGAUUGGGCGGAGGAAGAGGUGGUGGCAUUCCUGGUGACACGGACUGCGAGUCCAGUGAUGCCGCCUCCAUCCAAGUUCCCUCCAAGCGACAGCGACUCUCCUCCACGGAGGCCUCUCAACUGCCGCUCGACUUGAACCGGGAAGCUGUCGAGGAUUCGCGCUACAAUCUAUUUGCCAUGUACCAAAAGUUCGCCAAGCCGCCGUUCGAUCUUACGGAAAUCGCCAAAUUCUCUCUUGGCAAGGCGGCUGACUAUGAGGACAAUGACUCGCGCUUCUCGUUCAGCAACUCCAGUUCGCCGACCAUGCCAACGCCGUGCAAUGGAAUGGAAAGUGAACGAUCGCCCGUCUCCCGGCAAAUGGAGACCUCUUCGCCUCCGCGGGAAUCAGUGGAUCUGAGUGGAACAGCCCAAAGUUCAGCUCUCAGCGGAGUCCAGGUGAUAUCUGCGGCGGGGGACAACAUCAUCGCGGUGGCCAAUCCCGCCCUGGCACUCAGUCCCACCUUGAACGAGGUGCUCUCCUUGAAGAGGAACGCCGCUUCACCGGAGGCCUAACUCUACUUUUAGCUGGAAAAGAUCAUCGGAUGGAUGCCAUUCGUAGUGCCAGAUUUGGUUUCACCACCAAAUCGUUUUAAUACCCGUGCAAUUCAAUUAGUUU